UUUGAAGUUGUGUGUAAUCUAUAGACUGGUCAAUUCUUCGGGUGUAAUCAUUUUUCAGUGUCGUUGUAGGUUAGGCUAGGCUAGGCCCCUUGCCCUCCGAUAAAAGGCAGGUCAGCAUUUUAUCUCACCAACCGUCAGGCUCUAUAUGGUGAAACUUGUGAGCCGCAGUACCGGCCGCUGGUCAGUUCGCUGGUUAACCCCGCGAAAGUCAGACGUGUUGUUCUACAGCCCCGCUAGCGCUACUUUUAUCCACUAUUGUGUACUUAUUAUAUAUUCUCUCACGGAUAUUCUCGGUCAUUACAUUUUUACCAGUUUCCAAGUUCACUGCGGUCUUAAAUUGAAUGAGUCGAAUAAUAAGACAAAUGAUGAGAGCUGUACGAAUUGCCCAGUUUGGUGGUCCAGAGGUGCUCAAGGUGGAGACGCAAGUCCCGGUGCCAAAACCUGGUCAGAAUGAGGUGGGCGAUCGUGUAUUGACCAUGCUGACAGUGAGUGGAACAUAUGCGGAGUACACAACGGCCAACGCACAGUACGUCUCUCAUUUAGACGAUCGACUCUCCUUCCCAGAGGGUGCUUCUCUCGGUGUGCCGUAUUACACAGCGUACAAGGCGCUGUUCUUCAGGGCUCAGGCAAAAGCGGGAGAGUCUGUUCUUAUCCAUGGUGCCAGUGGAGCGGUUGGCAAUGCGGCCAUCCAGCUGGGUAAAGCCCUUGGCCUGACUGUCUAUGGUACUGCAGGUACCAAAGAAGGUGUAGAUCUGGUCAGAGGGCUGGGAGCGGACGCCGUCUUCAACCACAGAGAGCCGGGGUACUUGGAAAGCAUCAUGAGUGCAACUGGAGGCCAGGGAGUGGACGUUGUCCUUGAGAUGUUGGCCAAUGUCAACUUGCAAAAUGACCUCACUUUGCUCAAGUUCAGGGGUCGAGUUGUUGUCAUUGGCUGCAGAGGUAGCAUAGAGAUCAACCCUCGGCUGACCAUGGGGAAGGAGACUUCUAUCAUGGGUGUGGCUCUGAUGGCCUCCAGCCCAGAAGAGUGGCAGCAAAUGCAUGCAGCGAUUGGUGCGGGUCAGCACGGGGGUUGGAUCACUCCCAAAGUGGCCAAAGUCUACCCACUGGCGGAGGCUCAAACUGCUCAGAACGACGUCAUUAACAACACGGGAACUACCGGGAACCUUAUCAUUGACCCAUCCAAAUAGAAGAUUUAUCAAGUUUUCAUGAGAUUGAUGUUCUUUACUGUGUUCCUGGGAAUGGGGGGUGGGGGAAGGCUCGUGUUUGAUAUACAGGUAUAAACUCUGAAUGGCAAGAUGAAGCCGUUAGUGGAAGCCUGGUCGAUGUACAAGUAAGGAAAACAUAUCAACAUCAGCCAGAGUGAAUACGCACAAUUUUCCGCAGUUACUCCACCAUCCCAUAAAUGUUGAAUUUUAACAUUUUCUUGUAUCAUGGAAGGUUACUGUGGUAUUCCAUUGCAUUUAUUCUUUCGAAUAGUCAAAAUUUCUGUUGUGUGACAUACUGGUGUCAGAUCUAGUUCUGAAGCUGAGAGGUAGUGAGUACCUACAGAAAUCAAAUUGCACAUCAGUUUGGUUUCAGAAUGUGCAAAAAAGAUACUUGUAACCAAAAGCAACUGGUUCACCUUAUGUUUCACUGAAAAAAACAGGUUGUUGUGAGGUUUUUGAACAUGGUGCUAUUCACAGACUAUCACAAAGACAUAAAAAUGUAUUGCAAACAUACUGUACACUCUCGUAGUUGUUACAUCUUUCUUGCUUUGUUAUUUUUGUUCCCCUUGGAGUGAAGCAGAAAGAUGCCUGAAUUUAGUAAUUAAUAACCACCAAAAGAAGAAAUGACUCGUCGUAAAUACUUUGUGUUUUACAAUACAUCAGGUGCAAGUCAUCGAAAUGAGCCACAUUAGGUGUGAUAUUUGUUCUUCUCCUGUGUAAGGGGCUAGAGUUCUUCCUGAUCCCAACCUCAUUUUGAACAAACAAGGAAAGGGAUUGUCAGUAAUUCCUUUUAUUUAUUCUUUCUAUCUUUAAACUGUAAAUUAUGCUUUUUUAGGGAGUACUUG